CAAAACCGACAACGUCACCGCUAUUCAAAGAACAACUACCCAAGUUAUUAACAAUACAAACCAAAAUGCAAACAACAGCAUUAAGAAAACAACAACGAACCCUUCACUUGAAUGUAUACUACCACACUUCAGCAAAGCACCAAUCAACACACAAACCAACACUAGCGCAUCUCCACUCAGCAAUAUAACUCAGCAACUUCUAUCAGCAGACAAAUAUUUUAUGUCUGUCUCGGACUCCGAAGAAGAGCCUAAAUUAUAGACAACUAACAAUAAAAAAUAAAAUUAAAAUAAUUAAAAAAAAAAAUAAUAACAAUAAUUAUGGAUUUAGGUAUCAGUCUCGUAAUUCUUCAAUGGAAUAUACAGGGAUUUCUAAACAAUAAGUUCGGACUAGAGCUACUCGUAACCAAACAUAAACCCGACAUUAUUAUGUUACAAGAAACCCACAUAAUAGAAAAAAAUAAACACCUCUUACAUCUUCCACAUUAUAAAGUGUAUCACUUCAACAAAACGUACUCAUAUUCCAAAGCGGGUAUUGCAAUCCUCGUAAAGGAAACUUUGAAUACUUCUAAUUACAAAAUAUCUAACAAUAAUCUUCUCUUUCAAUCAAUCACCAUACACGCGUUAAAAGACCUGCACAUAACCAACAUAUACCGCGAGAUAGACUUAUAUUUAACAGCUCAACACCUGGACGACAUACACACCUACCAUAACGGAUAUCACUUACUGGGUGGUGACUUAAACGCACAUAACGCUUUGUGGGGUGCAAAGAAAACAAAUCAGAACGGAAAAUUAUGGGAAGACUUUGCAAACGAUAAACAAUUUGUAAUUCUCAACGACGGAUCUCCCACACUGCUAAACACGAGAAAUACUUUAACAAACGUCGACGUCUCAAUGGCAUGCGGAGGUAUAGCUCCGGUUCUGACAUGGAAUUGUCUUCCUCCGUCAGGGUCUAGCAAUCAUUUUCCAAUCCUAAUUUUCAACAACAUGCUGAACAUCAACAGCAGAAUCAACCCCAGGUUUAAUACUAACAAGGCAAAUUGGCAUCUAUUUACAAAUAAAACUAACGUCUACUCACAAAAUUUCACUACAUCAGUUAACAUCAACAGAGAAGCCGCCCAAAUAAAAAAAGUUUUGAGGAAAGCGGCAAACGAAUCCAUGCCCACCACCUUUUCAGCACCUAAGCACAAUAGCCCC